AGAGAGAGAGAGGGUCGGAAGGGAGAGAGAGAUGGAGAUGGAGAAAGAGGGGAGGGAGAACGUAGGGGAGGCGGCGACGGCGGCGGGGGGGCUGGCGGCGGUGGCGGAGGAGGUGGAGGAGGAAGAAGAGGCGGUGGGGUCGAGCUUGACGAUGGAGCGGGUGGCCGCCGCGAAGAAGUUCAUCGAGAACCACUAUAGAAACCAGAUGAAGAACAUCCAGGAGCGGAAAGAACGACGUUGGUUCUUGGAGAGACAAUUAGCUUCUUCACAAGUUUCCAAGGAGGAGCAACUCAGUUUAUUAAAGGAUCUUGAGAGGAAGGAGACAGAGUAUAUGAGACUUAAAAGGCACAAGAUCUGUGUUGAUGAUUUUGAGCUGCUGACCAUAAUCGGGAGAGGAGCUUUUGGGGAGGUCAGACUUUGUCGGGAGAAGUCCUCUGGGAAUAUUUAUGCCAUGAAAAAACUGAAGAAAUCUGAAAUGGUUAGCAGGGGUCAGGUGGAGCAUGUAAGAGCUGAAAGAAACUUGCUUGCUGAAGUUGCUAGCCACUGCAUUGUGAAACUCUACUACUCAUUUCAAGAUGCUGAAUACCUUUACCUAAUUAUGGAAUAUCUUCCUGGAGGGGACAUGAUGACCCUGCUUAUCAGAGAGGAUACCUUAACUGAAAGCGUGGCUAGAUUUUACAUUGCUCAGAGUGUGUUGGCCAUAGAAUCCAUUCAUAAACACAAUUAUAUUCACAGGGACAUAAAACCUGACAAUCUUCUUUUGGACAAAAACGGUCACAUGAAGUUGUCAGACUUUGGCUUGUGUAAGCCAAUUGAUUGUUCAAAGCUUUCAACAUUGAACGAAGAUGAACCCAUGAGUGAUGAAAAUCUUAGGGAGUCGAUGGAUAUUGAUGGAAUUCCGGAUACAAAAAAUGCUAGAAGGUGGAAAAGCCCCCAUGAACAACUGCAGCACUGGCAGAUGAAUCGUAGGACGCUGGCAUUUUCCACAGUUGGAACACCAGAUUAUAUUGCUCCAGAAGUGUUACUGAAGAAAGGAUAUGGCAUGGAGUGUGAUUGGUGGUCUUUGGGUGCAAUAAUGUAUGAGAUGCUUGUUGGUUAUCCACCAUUCUAUUCCGAUGAUCCAAUAACUACAUGUCGUAAGAUUGUGCAUUGGCGAAACCAUUUGAGAUUUCCAGAAGAUGCAAGGUUGUCUCCUGAGGCAAAGGAUCUUAUUUGUCGAUUAUUAUGUGACGUUGAGCACAGACUUGGCAGUGGAGGGGUAGAUCAAAUAAAGGCUCAUCCUUGGUUCAAAGGUGUUGUGUGGGAUAAACUUUAUGAAAUGGAUGCAGCAUUUAAACCUGAAGUUAAUGGCGAAUUAGAUACUCAGAACUUCUUGAAGUUUGAUGACUUGGAUCCUCCUCCAGCAAGAAGCGGAUCUGGGCCUACAAGGAAGAAAUUGCUAAAUCCACAAGAUUUGAGCUUUGUUGGAUAUACUUACAAGAACUUUGAUGCUGUGAAAGGGUUAAAAUCUCUUGGUAUUAAAACUAUCCUUUCCACAGGAUAUUGGAGGUUUAAUUCAUUUUAUUGCAAUUCAAAAAGAAGUUUGUCACCGAAGCGACCAUCAAUUGAUUCUAUAUUUGGUGACUCAGUCACGGACAAUGCAAGGAAAUCAACAGGAGGGAAUACUGAUGUGGACAUGGUUUCAUCAGGGGAUGCAAUGUCCCCAUAAUUCACAUAUCCAUUGAGGGGUUUAUCCGGACACAUGCCCAACCAAAUGUGGCUAUUGGACUUACCUGCUUAUUUUUAGUCAGGUCUGCCCAAUUCCGAGGUCCUGAUAGGCUAUCUACUUGACAUUUUGUAGAACCAAACCAAAUUUUAAUUUGUACAGUAGUGUAUUAAUGAUGUCUAGAAGAAAAGCCAAAAUGCUGCAGUAUUUAUGGUGGCUGAGACAAGAGAUGGCUGUGCGCACAUAUUUGUCCCGGCUGCCCAGGUUGGCAGACAAAACAUGCCUUCUCUUGUGGCAGUUUCUAUCUGGAUUUACUUCGAUGACAACAUGAUAAUACUUUGUGCACGCUGCGGAUAUGUUGGUGUUGUUCGAUGUGUAUUCUAGGAAUUUUAGUUUCGUUAGUGUCUUGUUGAACCACGCAUUAUUUGUGAUAUCAUUUUUGCCUUAGUACAAGUAUAUGUUCACUGUGAUUGCCAUGAGUUUGCUCCAGCAAUUUAAUUUAUUUCUUAGAAGGUA